ACCUGAAGGAGUAGGGAGGGCGGGAUCAGGCCCUCAGUUACUAGGCGCUACCCUGGUGGGAGGCAAUUUAAGAAAUGGGGUGAUCGGGGGUUCACUGGCCUUUCACGUGACCGUCUUUCUGGGCCCCGGAAGUUAGGCAAUGGAGAGGCGGGCCUAGCACCGGAAGCAGGAAGGAGGACGCAGGAAGCAGGGCGCUGCAACCACUCGUACUGUCGGUCAGCGUGUCGGCCGGUCCCCAGGGCAGGAUGGAGAAGCUGCGGCUCCUAGGCCUCCGCUACCAGGAGUACGUGACUCGUCACCCGGCCGCCACGGCUCAGCUGGAGACGGCAGUGCGGGGCUUCAGUUACCUGCUGGCAGGUCGCGUCGCCGAUUCGCACGAGCUGUCAGAGCUGGUGUACUCUGCCUCCAACCUGCUUGUGCUGCUCAAUGAUGGGAUCCUACGGAAGGAGCUUCGGAAAAAGCUGCCUGUGUCGCUGUCCCAGCAGAAGCUGUUAACAUGGCUGAGUGUGCUGGAGUGUGUGGAGGUGUUCAUGGAGAUGGGGGCCACCAAGGUGUGGGGUGAAGUGGGCCGUUGGCUCGUCAUUGCCCUCAUCCAGCUUGCCAAGGCGGUACUGCGAAUGUUCCUGCUCAUCUGGUUCAAGGCUGGCCUCCAGACCUCACCCCCCAUCGUUCCACUGAACAGGGAGACCCAGGUACAGCCCCCAGAUGGUGAGCACAGCCACAGCAGCCAGGAGCAGUCAUACGUGGGGAAGCGGUCAAACCGAGUGGUGCGAACGCUCCAGAACACUCCAUCCCUGCACUCAAGGCACUGGGGAGCCCCUCAGAAGCAGGAAAGAUGGGAGCAGCAGCACCAGGAGGAGCUGAACGUUACCCCCACCCCGUUGGGGCUGCAGGAGACCAUCGCAGAGUCCCUGUACAUUGCCCGGCCCCUGCUGCAUUUGCUCAGCCUGGGCCUAUGGGGUCAGCGGUCCUGGAAACCCUGGCUCCUGUCUGGUGUUGUGGACGUGACCAGUCUGAGCCUCCUGAGCGACAGGAAGGGCCUGACCCGGAGGGAGCGGCUUGAGCUGCGGCGUCGGACCAUCCUGCUGCUCUACUACCUGCUGCGCUCCCCGUUCUAUGACCGCUUCUCUGAGGCCAGGAUCCUCUUCCUGCUCCAGCUGCUGGCAGACCAUGUCCCGGGCACUGGUCUGGUGACAAGGCCACUCAUGGAUUACUUGCCCGCCUGGCAGAAAAUUUAUUUCUACAAUUGGGGCUAACAGACAUCUUGGGAGUGGGAUGCAGGGAGGGGGGGGGGGCUCAGCCCUUCAGUCCCUUGGGCCCUUCUGCCCUAAUAAAACUGACUGACAGUAUCCAAACCUGUGGCCUCUCCAUGCCCACAGCCUAGGACACCUGGCACUGCCACCCUGGCCAGGCUCUGCACGUAGCCCUGGGCGCCACCAGAGCCCCUC